GAGGAGGUGUGUCUCCUACUGAGCCUGUGAGCCUCUCCCUCCUCCAGUCUCCCCGCCCUGAUCCACCCUUCAUCAACUUCCGCCCAAGCCAGGAUCUGUCACAACUCGAGGUAGAAAUUCAGGUUUCCCUGGCCUGGAACCCACAGCGGCUGGCUCUCGCAGGAUGGGUGCCUGGAGGGCCGCACUCCCAUUCCAGCCAGGUUGAGCCUUCUUUAUCUGCCUGAACCCCCUCCUUUGCCUUGGAUGCUUCAGGGUUUGAACUCAGGACUUCUCAGUGUGACUGGCUCAAGGAGCCAUCUGGUGACAGUCUCUGUCUGACCAUGGCCCUACCAUCCCCGGGCCAGGACCCCUGGAGUCUCCUGGGUGGUUUUUUCUGCCAACUGCUCCUGCUGCUGUCACUGCCACCUGCUACUGGGACUGGUGGGCAGGGGCCCGUGCCCAGAGUCAAAUAUCAUGCAGGAGAUGGGCACAGAGCCCUCAGCUUCUUCCACCAAAAAGGCCUCCGAGACUUUGACACGCUGCUCCUGAGUGCCGAUGGCAACACUCUCUAUGUGGGAGCUCGAGAGGCUGUCCUGGCCCUGAAUAUCCAGAGCCCAGGAAUCCCCCAGCUGAGGAACAUGAUACCCUGGCCAGCUAGUGAGAGAAAAAAGAAUGACUGUGCCUUUAAGAAGAAAAGCAGUGAGACACAGUGUUUCAACUUCAUCCGUGUCCUGGUCUCUUUCAACACCACCCACCUCUAUGCCUGUGGGACCUUUGCCUUCAGCCCUGCUUGUGCCUUCAUUGAGCUCCAAGAUUCCCACCUGUUGCCCAUCCUAAAGGACAAGGUCAUGGACGGGAAGGGUCAAAGCCCCUUUGACCCGGCUCACAAGCACACAGCUGUCUUGGUCGAUGGGAUGCUCUACUCGGGCACCAUGAACAACUUCCUGGGCAGUGAGCCCAUCCUGAUGCGGACACUGGGUUCACAGCCUGUUCUCAAGACUGACAUCUUCCUCCGCUGGCUGCACCCGGAUGCCUCCUUCGUGGCAGCCAUCCCAUCUACCCAGGUCGUCUAUUUCUUCUUCGAGGAGACAGCCAGCGAAUUUGACUUCUUUGAGGAGCUGUACAUAUCCCGAGUGGCUAGAGUCUGCAAGAACGAUGUGGGUGGUGAAAAGCUGCUGCAGAAGAAGUGGACCACCUUCCUGAAGGCCCAGCUGCUCUGCACCCAGCCAGGCCAGCUGCCAUUCAACAUCAUCCGCCACGCGGUCCUGCUACCCGCCGAUUCUUCCUCCGUUUCCCGCAUCUAUGCAGUCUUUACCUCCCAGUGGCAGGUUGGUGGGACCAGGAGCUCGGCUGUCUGCGCCUUCUCUCUCACCGACAUCGAGCGUGUCUUUAAAGGAAAGUUCAAGGAGCUGAACAAGGAAACUUCCCGAUGGACCACUUACAGGGGCCCGGAGGCCAACCCGAGGCCAGGCAGCUGCUCCACAGGCCCGUCCUCGGACAAGGCUUUGACCUUCAUGAAGGACCAUUUCCUGAUGGAUGAGCACGUGGUAGCAAGGCCCCUUCUGGUGAAGUCUGGUGUGGAGUACACGCAGCUUGCUGUGGAACUAGCUCAGGGUCUGGACGGGAGCAGCCAUGUGGUCAUGUAUCUGGGCACAUCCACAGGAUCCCUGCAUAAGGCUGUGGUACCUGAGAACAGCAGCGCUUAUCUUGUGGAGGAGAUCCAGCUGAGCCCUGAGCCCGAGCCUGUUCGAAACCUGCAGUUGGCCCCCACCCAAGGUGCUGUGUUCGCAGGCUUCUCAGGAGGCGUCUGGAAAGUUCCUCGGGCCAAUUGCAGAGUCUAUGAGAGCUGUGUGGACUGUGUCCUUGCCAGGGACCCUCACUGCGCCUGGGACCCUGAGUCAGGCAUCUGCAGCCUUCUGUCUGGCUCUACCCCGAGAGCCUGGAGACAGGACAUGGAACAAGGCAACCCGGAGUGGGCGUGUGCUCGAGGCCCCAUGCCCAGGAGCCCCAGGCGUCAGAGCCCCCCUCAACUUAUUAAAGAAGUCCUGGCAGUCCCCAACUCCAUCCUGGAGCUGCCCUGCCCUCACCUGUCAGCCCUGGCAUCUUACUACUGGAGUCACGGCAGAGCCACGAUCCCAGAAGCCUCUUCUACCAUCUACAAUGGCUCCCUCUUGCUGCUGCCUCAGGAUGGUGUUGGGGGCCUCUACCAGUGUGUAGCCACUGAGAACGGCUACUCAUACCCUGUCGUCUCCUACUGGGUAGACAGCCAAGACCAGUCCCUGGCCCUGGAUCCUGAACUAGCAGGCGUUCCCCGGGAACGCGUGGAAGUUCCACUGACCAGGGUUGGUGGUGGAGCGUCCAUGGCUGCCCAGCGGUCCUACUGGCCUCACUUUCUCAUCGUCACCGUCCUCUUGGCCAUAGUGCUCUUAGGAGUACUCACCCUCCUCCUCGCUUCCCCACUGGGAGCGCUACGGGCUCGGGGCAAGGUUCAGGGCUGUGGGACACUACCCCCCAGGGAAAAGGCCCCAUUGAGCAGGGAACGGCAUCUCCAGCCCUCCAAGGACUAUAGGACCUCUGCCAGUGACGUCGAUGCUGACAACAGCCAUCUAGGCACUGAAGUGGCUUAAACUGAGGGCACAGAUGGGAACUGAGCAGGGAGAGCCCCUGGUCUGGUGCCUGAGUCUGGCACAGUGCCACCCCGACUAGGGUGAAGGCUUUCCUGCUAUUGUGUGUCACCUGCAGCACCCAGUAGGGCCUCCCCUAGGGGACUUUCUUCUGUAAGCACAUGGACUGUCUCCACGCCUGUACCCAUGCCAGGACAGGAAGAACCAGAUGGGAGUCUUCAGUCUUGAUCAACCAACCCCAAGAGCUUCAGGAGACCCUGAAGCUGUGGCUGUCCAGGAUUCCGUGGUGACACACCCGAGCAUGUGAGCAAGCUGGGGUGGUUCCUGCAAACUUCAUCCUGCAAGCUGCCACUCUGGAAGCAGCUGCUGCUUUGAAACACCAGCCCUCCCUUCUCCUGGGAUCGCCAAGAUUCUUUGGGAGCUGGCCCCCUGUGCUUCCCUGUACCAAUCACGCCCUACUGCUUGGGAAGUCUUUUCUGAAGUCUGACCACCUUCUUGUUUCAGUUUAAACAGGUUGUUACUGUCUCUGCCCUGACUGGAAUGGCGGGCAUAAUCUGAGCCUUGUUCUCUUGUCUAGUGUGGUUGACCCCUUGAAUUCCUCCUUCCUUGUCCCUUUGUUUUGGGAUUCAGAAAACUGCUCGUCACAGACAAUUUAUUUUUUAUUAAAAAAGAUACAAG